GCCUCCCCCCUCUGAUACUUGCUGACACUUUUCCCACUGACAGUGGACACCUCCCAUCUCUGACCUGCAGACACCUCUACCUCUGAUAGUGAACACCUCCACCCUCUGACCUGCGGGACACACCCUCUCCUCUGACUUGCAAACACCUGCCCUUUGACUUGGGUGGUUCCACCCGGAGGACAGGGGCGCUGCUGUCCUCCACCCCUUCCUUCUCCCUCCGCCAUCUGUCUGGCUCGUUCAUGGGGACCCACCCCCUCGCCUGCGGCACUGUCGCGCAGGACCCGGCUUGGGGGGGGGCAGGGCCACGCCCCCCUGCUCCGUGGGGAGCCCCAGGGCUUGGGUACCACGUGGUCAGUGAGGGAGCCCGUUAGUCGCUCCCAGAAGUGCUCCUGGCUGUCGGGUGGCCCCAGGCGCCCCUGGGAGUGUGGCCACUUAUCUCUGCUUCCGCCACGGCCUGGGAGGGAGGGGCCGCAGGGCCAACCUGUUUGUCCUGGUCCUGCCUGUCACAUCCGCCUGGAGCCGGCUCCUGUCCACCAGCUCUCUGGGGCCCGGGAUGGGCCGGGAAGGCCCUGCCGCCCUGCAGGCUGAUGCCCACCCCGCCCCGCGAGCACCCGGAAUGGAGUGAGUCUAUGAACUCCCUGCGCAUCAGUGUGGGGGGCCUCCCUGUGCUGGCGUCCAUGACCAAGGCCGCGGACCCCCGCUUCCGGCCCCGCUGGAAGGUCAUCCUGCCGUCCUUCCUGGGCGCCACGGUCCUCUGGCUGCUCUACGCCCACCGCGCGCCCCCGGGCCGGGCCGCGGCCACUGGCGGGCACAGCGGGCCGCUCAGCUGGCCGCCGGGCCCCGCGCCACGCUACAAUGACACGUACCCACUGUCGGCGCCGCAGCGGACGCCGGGGGGCACGCGCUACCGCAUCGCGGUCAUCGCCGACCUGGACACGGCGUCGCGGGCCCGGGAGGACAACACCUGGUUCAGCUACCUGAAGAAGGGCCACCUGACGCUGUCCGACAGCGGGGACGCCGUGACGGUGGAGUGGGACAGGGACCACGAGGUGCUGGAGUCGCACCUGGCCGAGAAGGGCCGCGGCAUGGAGCUGUCCGAGCUGGCGGUGUUCAACGGCAGGCUCUACUCCGUGGACGACCGCACGGGCGUGGUCUACCGUAUCGAGGGCACCACGGCCGUGCCCUGGGUCAUCCUGUCCGACGGCGACGGCACGGUCGGCAAAGGCUUCAAGGCAGAGUGGCUGGCCGUGAAGGACGAGCACCUGUACGUGGGUGGCCUGGGCAAGGAGUGGACCACGGGCAGCGGGGAGGUGGUGAACGAGAACCCCGAGUGGGUGAAGGUGGUGGACUGCAGCGGCAGCGUCCACCACGAGAACUGGGUGUCCAGCUACAACGCGCUGCGUGCGGCCGCCGGCAUCCGCCCGCCAGGCUACCUCAUCCACGAGGCCGCGUGCUGGAGCGACACGCUGCAGCGCUGGUUCUUCCUGCCGCGCCGCGCCAGCCACGAGCGCUACAGCGAGCGGGAGGACGAGCACCGCGGCACCAACCUGCUGCUCCGCGCCACGCAGGACUUCAGCGGCGUGGACGUCAGCCGUGUCGGUGACGUGGUGCCCACGCACGGCUUCUCCUCCUUCAAGUUCAUCCCCAACACCGACGACCAGAUCAUCGUGGCCCUCAAGUCCGAGGAGGACGGCGGCACAGUGGCCACGUACAUCACGGCCUUCACGCUGGACGGCCGCUUCCUGCUGCCCGAGACCAAGAUCGGCAGUGUCAAGUACGAGGGCAUCGAGUUCAUCUGACUCCGUGGGCGCCGCCCGCGCCCUGCUGCCCCGCUCAAUAAAUGCGCCCUGAGUUCUGGGGGGUGAGCGCUGAGCCCCCCCCGGGACACAGCCCGCCCGCCCGCCCACCUGCCGCCCCCUUUGUGGAACCUUGGGCAUUAAGUGACCCCCGGCGCGGCUCCCCUGCAGGAGGGGUCAAGCUCCUCCAGGGCCCCCAGGUUCCUCUCGGGUGUGGCCAACUUCAUUGUCUCCCUUCUGGAAAGUUCUGUGGCCGUGUGACACUGUGAGCGUGUGUUCGUGGGGGUGACGUCCCUUCUUAGCGCCACCCUGAACGCUCGCCCCUCGCCGCCAAGGUCCCUGUGGAGGGCCUGUCUUCAGCGUACGUGCCGGAAGUGGUCACUUGGAGCGGUGGCCAGCCGCAGUCCUCAGAGAGGAGCCCGACGACUGUCGUCCUCGUCAGAUACCGGAAAUGUGCCUCCCGGAGCUUCUGUGAACCUGCCAGCUCCAGGGACCCCAGGGUACCCCCAAGCCCAGUCCCCAGUGCUCCUGUCCCACCUUGGUUGGUCCCGUCUCCCUCCACGGUUCAGGCAGAGCAGAGCUGCAGAUAGAAUGUUCCAGAACUUGCUGUGCCCAGGCAGGGAGCCUGACACCUCAUGCUCCAAGGCCCGGGGCCUUUGCCCUCACUGCCCCCCGCCCCCACCCCGCCCCGUGCAGCCCGGCUCUCCCGACUCACCGUGUCCCCUGCCUCAACCUCGGGCACGGUCCAGAGCCAGCUGUAAGGUGUCCUCCUCGCAGGGCAUCAUCCCGGUCACUGCGGCCUGACCCCUCUCCCAGUGAGACCCAGCAGGACCCCCGAGUGGAGAGGGAGCAGCUGUGUACCCCGAGCUGGGAAACCCCCUGUCCGGCCCGAGGCACUGACACCCUGGAACUCGGCGCUGAAAGUUUGAUUAAACAGACGUUUUCCGA